UUGUCAAGCAAAAAAAUGUCCUUGGUUUAAAAGAAGGUGUCACUAAAGGGCUUUCUCAAAGAUCACCCGCUCCUUUGGCUGAUGAAUCUCGUGUCCAUGGAAGGAAUGAUGACAAGAAGAAAAUCAUGAAGCUAUUGCUUCCAGAUAAUGGUAGUAGUAGCGAGAACAAGAUAUCUGUGAUUCCCAUUGUGGGCAUGGGUGGCAUCGGCAAGACCACCCUUGCUCAGCUAGUAUAUGAGGAUAUAAGUGUGAAGAGUCAAUUUGAUAUCAGGUCGUGGGUUACUGUUUCUGAUGAAUCUGAGAUUUCUGUAAUAGCGAAAAAAAUUCUUCAAGAGAUUACCUCGCAAAAAUGUGAAACUGGGGGCCUCUAUCAACUUCAAUGCGAGUUAAAGGAGUCAUUGAGCGGCAAGAGGUUUCUCUUUGUUCUGGAUGAUGUAUGGACCGAGAACUAUGAGCAUUGGGAGGCCUUACUGAGUUCUUUCCAAUCCGGAGCCAAUGGAAGCGGGAUCAUUGUGACAACACGUAGUGAUAUCGUCACAAAGAGGAUGGGAAAUGUGCCUACACAUCACCUUGGGGAAGUAUCUGAUGAUGAUUGUUGGAAGUUAUUUGAGGAGCAUGAGUUUAUUAAUGGUGCAAGGUCAGAGGCGUAUCAAGAGCUACAUGCCAUUGGCAGAAAUAUUGUCAAAAAGUGCAAAGGUGUUCCUUUAGCGGUUAAGUCUCUUGCUGGUCUCUUGCGCUCGGUGGUGGAUCCAGAAGAAUGGAGAGAGAUACUCAAUAGUGACAUAUGGGAGUUGCAGUUGCAAGGAAAUCAGAGUAACAACAUUUUGCCUUCUCUGUGGUUGAGCUAUCAUUAUCUACCUUCACAUCUAAAGAAAUGCUUUGCUUACUGCUCGAUAUUUCCCAAGGAUUAUGAAAUGUAUGAAUUUAGAAAGGAAGAAAUAAUACGGCUAUGGAUGGCGGAAGGUCUUUUGCAAUCUGGAAGGAGAGGGAAAAGAAUUGAGGAUGUAGGGAAUGAGUACUUUCAAGAUCUGAUAUCAAGGUCGUUGUUCCAACCAUCGAGUAAGGAUAAAUCGACCAUCUUAAUGCAUGACCUCUCACAUGAUUUAGCAACAUUUGUAUCGGGUGAAUUUUCUUGUAGGUUGGAUGACGGUGACAAAGCUAAAUUUUCUGGCAAGACUCGCCAUGUUUCAUACUCCAAAACCAAGGAAUGGGAGAGUUUUGAAGGUUUAUCUAUGGCUAAGAGUCUCCGCACUUUCAUACAAUCAGGAUCACUCGAAACGAUUAGCAUCCAAUUCCAACAAUUGGAACGAUUGCUAUCUAUCGGAGGAUGCUUAAGAGCUCUUUGUCUAUCUGAAUCAGGCAUCAUAAUAUUGCCAGAUUCAAUUGGCAAUUUAAAACAUUUGCGGUAUUUGGAUUUAUCAUGGAAUGGUAAUAUCAAAGAGAUACCCAAUACGCUUUGUAGAUUGUAUAAUUUGCAGACUUUGCGAUUAUCGUGGUGCGGACAACUAACUCGGUUGCCAAACGACAUGCGAGACCUAGUCAAUUUGCGCCAUCUUGAAAUUGAAGGCGUAUCACUGGAGGAGAUGCCGCCUAUGAUGCGCAAUAUGAAAGACUUGCAAACACUAUGCUACUUUGUUUUGUGCAAAAGGCGUGGCUCUAGCAUUAAAGACUUGCAAGAACUUGCCAUUAAUUCUUCUAUUGGGGAAACAAUCCGUCCACGCUUAGCGAUUUCAGGGCGCUAUGAAAAUGUGACGAAAUUUCCAGAGACAUUGCUUCCGACCACUCUGACUUCUCUUUAUAUUGAAAGGCUUGAGAAUCUUAAAGUUCUGAAUGGGGAGGGCUUUGAACACCUCACCUCCCUUAAAGUGUUGAUGAUCGAAGAUUGCAAAGAGCUCCAGUGCUUUCCGGGAGAGAUGCUGCCCACAUCUCUCACUACUCUCGAUUUAGAAUCUCUUAAUAAUCUUGAAGACCUUGGCAAGGGCCUUCAACAUCUCACCUCCCUUAAAAAGUUGACAAUUUUUUAUUGCAAAAGUCUCCGGUGCUUGUCAGGAACUGGGUUGCCCGCUUCUCUGACUUAUCUCCGUAUCAUAAACCUUCCAAGCCUUGAAGACAUAGGUGACGACUUCCUUCGACACCUCAUCUCCCUUGAAGAGCUGCAAAUUAGGGACUGCCAAAAUCUCGAGUACAACGCAGUAGAAGAGAAUGGGAAGGGAGUACUUGAGCAGCUCAUCUCUCUUAAAAAGCUGCUCCUUGGGAAUUGUGAAAAGCUCCAGAGCUUGCUCGAAGAGCAAUUGCCCACAUCUCUCACUUCUCUCAAGAUCGCUGGUUUUCCAAGGCUUAGAGACCUGAAUCGCAUGGGAUUUCAACACCUCUGCUCUCUUAGAGACUUGAUGAUUGAGAAUUGCGAAAAUCUGGAGUGCUUGCCUGACCUGCUGUCCUCUCUUGAUUCUUUGCGUAUCUCCAGAUGUCCUCUCGGAUUGUGGGCUGAUGGUAUUAGGAUGUUGAUUGCUGUGUAUCCACUCGUUAUCCACAACUUCAGGUUUUGGUUCCCACGUCUCACAACUAUGGUUCUGUUUGGAAUUGCUUAUGUCAACAAUAGGAAGCUUAGAUCUUCCGCGUCGAAGGAGAGGUUGCCUGCUGUGGAGUUGACUCAGAGGAUUUUGCUGGAGGAGUCGACUUUGUCUCCACGUUCCCCUAGUGAUCAGUGCAAGGCCCUACAGAAGCUUAACCUAUUUGAAUAUAUCGAUGGAAUUCAGCAUCAUGUUGCACUUCCUCCAGAUUGCACCGCCUUGGUCGAUACAUUGAGAAG